GUGUGCUCCUAUCAGAUGAUCAUAGAGCUGAAGGAGUAUCGUAUACCUUCCUUAACAAAGAAGUGCUUACUUUGAGACUCCAACCUUCAGCAUUGAUUCUUGUCAUAAUUCAGUGGGACUUGUCUAUACCAAAUAUAGUUUUUCAAG